AUUUCAAAGCUUAUUUAUUGUGCUUAUUUACCUUUAACAAAAAUAUACUUAUCUCUCAAAAAUAUAGUAAAAUAUAGUUUAAAUAGUAAGUAGAAAUGAAUUAAAACAUGUCUGAUAACAAGCGCAAACACUAAGAUGGGUUUUCAUUUGGUAUGAGAGGAACAAAAGGGGUUUCUUGUAUAGAUAGCGCAAUUACUUUUAACCCUGGAGUCGGCUAAUAUGAAAUUCUUAAAGGUUUUGAGGCUCAAAGUAAAAGCUCGUCCAAAACAAAAUUUAAAUUGUCAGAGAGGUUUAAAUCUUAACAAAUGCAAACUCCUGGACCAGGUAGCUACAAUCCUUUAUAAGCAUUCCUUUCGACAAAAAAGGAACCAUAAAAUUGCAAUAAAAGUACAGUAUGUGAAUCUAAUAGAAGCAAUAGGUCCCUUUUUUAAAACAGCAGUAAAUCAAAUAACCUUGGUCCUGGAUAUUACUACUUUUCUUAAAUGAAUGACACAUUUUUUAACUCUACAUAAAAUUCUAUUGAAAAAGGUAGUAAUUCUUUAGAUAAAACAAAAAAUGCAAGUGAGAGCUUAAACCUAAGUUUUUCAUAUAGAUUGAAAGGAGUUAAAUUCGACAAAUACUCAAAAAGAAAGUUAGAUCUGAUUGAUGGUAAAAAAUAAUAAUAUCCUCCAGUAGGCUCAUACAAUAUUCAAACAAAUAAAUUCUAGGAUUCCUUUACAUUUCCAAAGGAAAAAAGAAAAACUUUUGACUGUAUAAUUUCAGAAUCCCCAGGCCCUUGCUAGUACAGUAUCCAGAACAAUUUUUUCUCUUAAACACCAUAAAAUGCUUCUAACUCAACAUUACCAACCUAAAGGAGAUUCAUAAGGUUUGACUCUGUAGAAGAUACCACUCCGGGACCUGGCUAUUAUGUGUAGAAAGGCUUAAGCAAUUAUAAGUUUUCAACAAACAGCUCAUAUUCAUUUGGGAAAUAAAAAAAGGAGAUAACACAUAAAAAUCAAAACCCUUCUCCCUCUCAAUAUAGAAUUCUGCCUUUUAAACCUAAAAAUGUAACAAUAAUUGGAGAUUCUCAAAGACCAGGAGUUGGAAAUGGAGUACCAGGAGUUGGUAGUUAUAAUAUCACUUUGAGUCAAAUGAAAAAGCUAUACAAAUAGAAUAAUUUCACAGAAGACUCUGAAGAAAAUAAUAAAAAUUAAAGCAACCUGAGCUAAUCCAAAUCUACUCCCUAAAUAAAUUACAAAGAAAGAUUGCUCUAGCAGAAAAAAAUUCUUUUGGCGUAAUCUCCCAAUUUCGGAAGCUAAUUAUCCAAAAAUAUAGAGAUAGAAAAUAUCUCUUUAGGAAAUCUCAAAAAGCUAAAUACACCAUCACCUGCUUAUUACUCUAAUCUUUUGUAAGUAGUAAAGAAGUAACCAAUCUAGUUCGCUAAAGGUAACAGAAGAUAUGAAUUUUUAGAUGUCUAUAACGUAAAGCUCCCAGACGAGAGAUCUCCAGGACCCCUAAAAUAUAAAAUUAAUAUUAAUAAAUCCUAAGUAGGUGGCACACAAAGUUAACAAAAAAAAGGAGAUUUAUUUAAAUCAAAUAGCAAUCCAGGAGUAGGACAGUACAACAUAAAUAGAAGUUUAUUUCCUAAUUCAAACAAUAUGGAAUACAGCAUAUUUUCAAAUAAAGCUAGUAAAAAAAAGUUCAACAGAUUACCUAAGCUCCAAAACGAUUCUAAUUUAAUUAAAAGUUAUUUAUAUUGAAUUUAUUGACAUUACUAGUAAAUUAAACUUAAAUAUUUAUGGUUAAAACAAAAAGUACAUAAUUUAUGUGUGUUCAGGAAAUAACUUAUCUUCUAUAGGUUUAGUCAUAUUUAUCAAUAUCAUUGAUCAAAUUGAG